UAACGCCAACGCGAACGCUCGUCACGAUAUCGAAUGAAAUAUACACUAGGGGUUCAAUAGUUUUUAAUAAUUAAUAAAUUUAAACGUUCAAUAGGUAAAUUCACAGAUCCGGUUAAAAUCUACGACACCCUGUACAAAACAUAUGGUCCCAUAGUAACAGUUAAAGGAAACUUUGGUUCACCGGACAUGAUCGUAUUGUUUGAUGUAAAAGCAAUAGAACAUGUGCUUCGAUCAGAGAACUCAAUGCCCAUACGCCCAGGAUUCGAGUCACUGGCAUACUACCGUCACCGGCACAAUAAAACAUAUGAUCCCAAGAGACUAACCGGACUUAUUACUGACCACGGUGAAAAUUGGAAAGAAUUUAGAUUGAAAGUGAACUCUGUAAUGCUACAACCGAAGACCAUCAAACUAUAUACUGAUGUUUUGGAAAAAGUGUCCACUGAUAUGGUUGAGAGGAUCAAAUCGCUUCGCGAUGAAAACAACAUGAUAACGAAGAACCUCGACAUCGAGAUGAACCUAUGGGCCCUGGAGUCCAUCGGAGUAGUGGCACUGGGUACCCGGCUAAACUGCUUUGACCCCAAUCUACCAGCAGACUCGCCUGCUAGGAAACUGAUACAGAAUAUCCACGAUGUCUUCCAAAUACCAGGGAAGCUAGAUUUCGGGACUAGCCCUUGGAGAUGGUUCUCAACGCCGGCUUUUAGAAGAGCAAUGCGACUUUAUGAAGAACAGGAAAGUUUGACGAAGCACUUCAUUGAUGAAGCCCUUAAAAGUAUGAAGGAAUCAGAAAAGAAUGGUGCGGAACCCUCGAACUCAGAGAUGCCAAUACUGGAAAAAAUAUUGGAGAUCGAUGUUCAAAUAGCACAUGUGAUGGCUUCAGAUAUGCUCAUGGCUGGAGUAGACACGGCAGCCCACACAGCGCUCGCUACGUUAUACCUUUUGGCAACAAACCCUGAGAAACAAAAGAAGCUAAGAGAAGAAGUUUUAAGCAAGGAAACUCGGAGGCCAUACCUAAAGGCUUGUAUAAAAGAGUCUAUGAGGGUACUCCCUGUAGUCACUGGUAACGCAAGAACGUCCACUAAGGAACACAAUCUGCUUGGAUAUAAAAUACCGAAAGGAAUUAUGAUAGGACUCUCCCACCAGUACCUGUCAAUAAAGGAAGACCACUAUCCAAGACCUGACGAGUUUAUCCCCGAAAGAUGGCUGGUCGACAAACACGAUCCCCUUUACCAUGGCAACACACAUCCCUUCGUUACCAGCCCGUUUGGAUUUGGAGUCAGGAUGUGUAUUGGUCGACGUAUAUCCGAGUUAGAGCUAGAAACGUUAAUAUCAAAAAUUACGGAAAACUUUCAAAUAGGCUGGAAAGGAGGAGCUAUUCAAAUUUCCGGCACCUCGCUUAACUACGUUACUGGGCCUUUUAAUUUUGUUUUUAAUGACCUUUAGU